AGAUCCUGAGUUUUAUGACUUAAUAAUAAAGACCGUGCAUUUGAUACUCUUUUAAUUAUUUAAUCAAGAAAUUAAAUAUACAUUCAUAACGAGAUUUUCAGCUUGAGUAGGACAAUUAGACCAGAGUUAGGGUUUCUUCUUUAAGCCUUAAUAAUAUACACUGUAGGCAUAUUUUUAGAGCAGGGUAUAUUCUGAAUGGCAGUUUAAACAUUUUAAGCUGUCACUAAGAUUCUCGAGCUUUCAGAAAGCGUAACAAACAUAUUUUCUUUAAUUUUUGUUUUGUUGCGACAAAAGACGGCAAAUUGGCUGCGAUAGAAACAAAACAAACGACAGCGGCAACAACGCUUCUGGGAAGCCAGAAACUCUUGGAUAAGUAUUCAAAGUUGAAACAGUUGUACUUUGGCUUUGGCCAGCGUCGGUUGUCGGUGGUUUCUUUGCCGCUUGUCGGAUGAACAUUUCAUGUUUAUGGCGCUGCCUUUUUCGGGCGCAACAGGACGCACCUUAAAAAAAUAAUCGCGUCGCGUCGCGUCUCGUCGCGCUGCUUAUAUCUAACCUUUAAUUGGAAACCGAAAAAGAAAUAUACAUAUUUUGUGAUCAAAAGUAAUUAAAUGAGUGGAACGUGGAAAACAUCAAAGAACACGCACACAAGCAUACAAACACACACACAAUGUGAAAAGUGCGUAAAAAAAAGUGCGCGAGAAGAAGAUAAUUGACAAGAGAAUUAACAGUUACAAUUAUAAAACAGAGCAAACAAUUUGCCAAGUUGCUGGACAAACAUAAAACGCAGAGCCAGAAGAAUUCAAAACAUAAAUAACAACAAGAACAACAACAACAACACGAUAAGAACAAAGCAGCGACUGCGAACAACUUCUUUGCAGAGCUGCGCGAAGGUAAGCAGCGCAGCAGCAGCAGCAGCACCAGAUAAAAUGGCGUUCAAGUGCAGCAGCGGCGUUGGAAGUACUGUUAUUCUGGCUGCCAUUGUUGUGCUGAGGCUGCACAUCUGUUUGGCGCUGGAUGUUUAUUUUCCCACCACGUCCGUGAAAUUCAAGCUGCCCAUCAAUGAGGAGUCGGAGAGCAUAUUCUCGAAGAUACCGCUGGCCCAGUUUCAAGUGUUGCGCAUGGACAACAAUCAGCCGGCGUCGGAGUAUAUAUACAAUCUUGAGGAGAAUCCGCUGCUCCGCAUCAAUGCCAGCUCCGGUGAGGUGUAUAUGCGCACCGAUUAUCGUAUGAUUAACGGAAGCGUUAAAUAUGUGCUGACCGCCUUUCCGCGCCACCAGAAGGAGUCCUCCGCGGAGCAGCAGCAGCUGUUGCAGCAGGUGGCGCAUCUCACACUGGAACUGCUGCCGCAAUCGCUAACCGAUUACUGCGCGGAACUGGAGCACAUAUGCUUCUGGACGGGCGCACACUAUACCAUUGCCGAGACCACGUCGCAGAGCCGGCACAGCUUUGAGCCUGUGCUGAUUGGUGCGCUAAAUUCGCGCGCCGCCAAAUACCUGUGUCCGCAUCGCGCCGUCGAGUAUGCCCUGAAGGCGGGCAGCGCACACUUCGCCCUCAAACAGAAUCGUUUGUACACCAAACAGCCGUUGGAUCACGAUGAGCUCAACGGACUGCAGGCACGGGCCGGCCAGCUGCUGGCCACGGUCAGCUGCACGGUGAAGCUAACCGGGCAGGAACAGCGCCAGUUCUGGCGCAGCUACAAUAUCACGUUGCUGGAUCGCAACGACAACGGACCGCAUCUGCAGGAGCGCCAACCGCACUUUAAUUUCCACCUGGAGCAGCCCUACUUUAAGGCGGAGGAGCCGGUGGGCGAGAAAAUCAUCUACCUGGACAAGGACACGCUGGCGGCAAAUGAGCAUCUGAACUAUGCCAUACUUAAUGAUAAGCUUGGACUGGUUCAGCCCGAUUGUCACGCCUACGAGGCGGAUCACACUGGCAGGCCACACACCAUCAUUAGCUGCCAGCUGCGAUUUGCCCGGAACGGAGUGCUGCGCCAGGAGCCAUACUGUUUUGAUAUGCAGGCCCGGGACUUGACCAUUCAGUCGCCAAAUGUAACGAAUACGGCGACAGCGCACAUCUGCCUGCACGUGGACACGAGCCAGCUGCACGAGAGCGACCAGGAGCGACCGCAGGCGCUGCCGUUGCGUGUGCGCCAGCAGCGCAUCUUUGACAGCGCCGGCGAGCUGCUGCACACGGAUUUGGCCGGCCGGCGACGGCUGAGCGUUGACUACGAGAAGGAUGUGUUUGUGCAUCGCGCAGCUGCAGCCUUUUAUCGCGUGGCACAGCCUGAUAACUUUGUGGAGCUGCUACGAGCGCGUGGUUGGCGCUUUGCCCUCGCCGAGGAUCGCAGCGGCGCCUUUGGGCUGACCGAAACGGCGGGCAUUGUCUAUGUGCGCGAUGCUCUGGCGCUGGAGCAUGCGCCGGAGACGGUCUACUUUCUGAACGUGACCUGGUUGGAUGCGGAGAAGCAGCCGCAUGCGUUUGUCAUCAACGUGCAUCUGGUGGAGGGUAGGCCGGCGAAUGCCAAUUGUGAGCUGCGUCUGAAGUCCCGCUCGCAGACCUGCGCCCAGGUCAAAUAUCAGACACAGUGCGUCAAGUUUUGUGGCCUGGCUACCGGUGGCGGCGCGUGCGUCUGGCGCGGCACCAGCUCGGCCAUGUUUGGGCGCAACUAUGGCUCCUGUGUGCCGGACGCACGCUACUGUCCGGAUCAUGUGUGCGAUGCCCUGGAGGAGUUGAAUCCGCAUGCCUGUCCGCAGGAUUGCACGCCCGCCGCCCGCAUUGUGGGCCCGCACACCACAAAUGAUAAUGGGCGUGGCAUACUGAGCGGCUCCGGCACGUGCCUCUGCGAGGACAACGGUAAAUGCAGCUGCGCUCCGCUGCCCGACGAGGAGGAGGUAAAAACGCGACGCCAGCGCAAACGUAAAAAUGAAACGGAACCGGAGCAGGUCAGUGCCACGCCCGUGCAGGUGGUGCAGGGCGGCGAACAGCAGGAUCCGGAUCAGGAUGCACUGGCGUUGGGCGUACUGCAUUUGGCGGGCAUGGAAUGCAAUCGCUCCUGUCUGCUGGUCGUCAUCAGCUGCCCGCUGCUCUUUGUGCUGCUGCUUCUCUGCCUGCUGCUCUCGCAGCGCAAGCUCUGGCAGCGCAAGCUGGGCAAGCAGUCGGCCACGCCGGGCAACAAACUGGCGCUGCCAUCCAAUCUCGAGGCACUGGGCGGCGAUGGUGAUCUGCCGCUUAUGCCGCUGCAGAGCGGCUUCAAGUUUGAGAGCGCCGAUGCCAAGUGGGAGUUUCCGCGCGAGCAACUGCAGCUGGACACGGUGCUGGGCGAGGGUGAGUUCGGACAGGUGCUGAAGGGCUAUGCCACCCAGAUAGCCGGGCUGCCCGGCGUCACCACCGUCGCCGUGAAGAUGCUCAAGAAGGGCGCCAAUUCGGUGGAGUACAUGGCCCUGCUCUCGGAAUUCCAGCUGCUGCAGGAGGUCUCCCAUCCGAAUGUCAUCAAACUACUAGGCGCCUGCACACAAUCCUCGGAGGCACCGCUGCUUAUUAUAGAGUAUGCCCGCUACGGAUCGCUGCGAAGCUAUCUGCGACUCAGCCGGAAGAUCGAGUGCGCCGGCGUCGAUUUCAGCGACGGCGUUGAGCCUGUCAAUGUCAAGAUGAUGCUCACCUUUGCCUGGCAAAUAUGCAAGGGCAUGAACUAUCUAACGGAGCUGAAGCUGGUGCAUCGCGAUUUGGCUGCACGCAAUGUGCUACUCGCCGAUGGCAAAAUAUGCAAGAUCUCCGAUUUUGGACUGACGCGCGAUGUCUACGAGGAUGAUGCGUAUUUAAAACGCUCCAGAGAUCGUGUGCCCGUCAAGUGGAUGGCGCCGGAAUCUCUGGCGGAUCAUGUGUACACCAGCAAAUCGGAUGUCUGGGCAUUUGGUGUGCUUUGCUGGGAGCUAAUUACAUUGGGUGCUUCUCCAUAUCCCGGCAUAGCGCCACAGAAUCUCUGGUCCCUGCUCAAAACGGGCUAUCGCAUGGAACGUCCAGAGAACUGCUCCGAGGCUGUUUACUCCGUGGUGCGUACCUGUUGGGCUGAUGAGCCGAAUGCGCGUCCAUCCUUUAAAUACCUGGCGGCGGAAUUUGAGAAGCUGCUGGGCAACAAUGCAAAGUACAUUGAGCUGGAGACGAAUGCCGUAUCCAAUCCGAUCUAUUGCAGCGACGAGGCGGCGUUAAUGCCCAGCCAGGAGGUCGUUGAGCAGCUGGGCGAGCCGGAGUCACUGCAGCAUCUGUGGUCGCCGCCAAAGUUAAACAGCUACGAUCAGGAUCUGGCCAAUAGUCGUGAGGAGUCUGUAACUGAAUUUCGGACGACAGCGACGGCAGCAGCUGCCCCACCCGGCUACGAUCUGCCGCGUCCAUUGAUCGAGGCCCGCACCACGGAACAGGUGCUGCGCUAUGAGAACGAUUUGCGCUUUCCGCUCAACAUACGCAAAUCGAGCUGUGCGCCCAGCUACAGCAACAUGGCUAAUGGCUGUGCCACAGCCCUGCCCGAGUAUGCGGUGCCCGUGAAACGUGGCCGCUCCUACAUGGACAUGACCAACAAUACGCUAAUACCCGAUAAUCUCGAUAAUCGCGAUUUUGAGAAGCAUCUCUCCAAGACCAUCUCAUUUCGUUUCUCUAGCUUGCUUAAUCUCAAGGAGCCCGAAGCGCCCCAGUCACACGCCGAGGAUGCCGUUUAAAGGUUGUCCUCCAUUCACUUUAGUCACGUUUUUCCCCAAAAUUCAUACAAAAUAUUUUCCAAUAGCGCCUGAUUUUUUAGUUCAAAUUGUUUGUUAAUUAGUUUUAAUCCUAUGUCUAUCAUAAUUAGCUUUAUAAUGUUGCCAAAAUUAACUCGAAUACUCUGUUUACAGUGUGAAGCUUAUGAGAUUCUAAAAUCGAAACUAUCCAAAAUCUAUAGAUAAUGCUUGCUAUAAUUUCAUCCAUCUUUAAUGUGGUUUUUCUGUAUUCUGGUUCUACAAUUUCUCCAAAGCCCAUUUUAAUGCUUAUAUAGGGAUUUAACUUUGGUAACGGACCAAUUCCCGAAGCAUCCAAUUAUUUUAGUGUACUCGGAAAACUACCAACAAAUUUCCAUUAUUUAUUUUAAUCGAUUAUCUCAAUUCCUUAUGAAAUUACAUAAUUUACUAAAUAUUUUUCAGAAUUUUUACUACGCAAGUUUUAGAAGAUUUUUGUUGCAGGCCUUAACACUCCAAUACUAUUAAACUUAAACUUUAUCUUUAACUUUCAUCAUUUUACAACACUGUUCACAUUCCAAUAUAUUAUCACGCAUCGAAA